AUGGAAAAUACUGCAGUGUGGAUUGACGGGCCGGCCCAACAACCACGAAUUGGUCCUGCACCAGUACCAGAACCCGGAGAAGGCGAACUUCUUAUCAGAGUGAAAGCGAUUCCCGCCCAGCCUGGUGAGUGGAAGCUACCGGCUGGGCUCAUACCGAUCCCGCUGAAUUACCCUACAAUCAUUGGGGUGUCCCUGUCUGGUAUCGUGGAAAAGGCGGGCGCUGGAGUCACAAGGUUCAAACCAGGAGAUCGUGUCGCCACCAACACAACCGGCGUACUACGAAAUGACCAUCGCUUUGGUGCUUACCAGAGAUACGCGCUUGCACCGCAAGGAUUGACGUCGAAAAUCGGAGAGACCGAAUUCGAGGAAGCCGCCUCGAUUGUCACCGGCUAUGGCUGUGCAAGCGCUCUAUGCCUGCAUCUGGGUCUAGAAAAACCACCCACUAGGUCGGUCGCUGCUCGAAGGGAUGAGACAGUCCUCAUUUGGGGUGUUUCGUCCUCGUUUGGUGCAAUAUCAGUCCAGCUAGCUCUGCAGGCGGGAUACACUGUCGUGGGAGUCGCAUCGGCCAGGCACGCAGUCCUGACCAACGGCUUCGGCUUGUCAUACUUCGUCGACAGAUCUUCUCCCAACGUCGUGCAGGAACUCUCUGCUCUUGGCCCAUUCAAAGCGGUGCUCGCCGCUGCGGACUCAGCGGAGGAUCAAGUCAAAAUUGGAGACGUUCUUGCGGCCCAGGGAGGAGGACGAUUCCUAACCGCGACGGGGGUGCGGACUGGCGUGCGCUUACCAGAAGGUGUGACCGGCUCCUUCCAUCAAUUUGCCGACGACUAUCUCGAUCCCAAAAACGCCCAGUUCACCGAGUGGUUCUGGUGGGAGUAUCUCGAGGCUGCGUUUGCGGAUCGUCGUCUGAAGUCUCUCCCUUUGCAGGUGGAACUGGGAUUGUCCAAAGUGCUGGUGGCCUGGAAUCUGCUCCGCCAGGGCAAGGUCAGUGGGAAAAGGCUUAUUAUCGUGCCCACGAGAGAAUAG